AUGUCUUUUGUCGAGACAUUAGUUUGCAUUUGCCACUCUCCACCCAGAAACUUCUGCCUGGCCCAGACAGUACCAGACGAAUAUGGCGUCGGCAACGAGGAUGGUUUCACCGUGGGCGACCUCGGCUACGACGUAGACCUGAGGAGCGAGAUGGACGCCGAGUUGGAGAAGGAGGAACAGGCUCGGGCGAACAUCUCGAGGAUCCUAAACGAACUCAUAGAUGGAUACGACAGGAACCUGCGACCGAACAUACGAGGUCCACCCGUCAUCGUGAGAUCUGAUAUCUUUGUGCUGAGUAUCGGACCUGUGAUUGAAAUUAACAUGGAGUUUCAGGUCGAUAUGUUCUUCCGUCAGAGGUGGAAUGACCCCAGGUUAAAGUUCAAUGUCACGACCUUCGACGAGCUGCGUCUGAACACGGUCAUGCUGGAGACGAUCUGGUAUCCCGACACGUACUUCUAUAACGGCAAAGAGGCCAUCAAACACAGUGUAACCACGCCCAAUAGGAUGUUCAGAAUAUCACCUGAGGGAAAUAUAUUAUACACAUCUAGGCUGACGGUGGUGGCGGCAUGCAUGAUGGACCUACGGAAAUACCCGAUGGACACCCAAGUUUGCCCGCUCUCUUUCGGAAGCAAUAGCUACUCGGAGGAGGAUGUGAUCUACGCGUGGAAAUACCCCUUCCCCAAUGAAUCGUCGGCCAUUGACGCUGCAGAUGAUCUUAUGUUGAACCAGUUCAAUCUCUUAGGCUGGGAGGGAAGGAGUCACGUCAAAGUAUCCAAUAGAAUUGGUAACCGGACCGUGCUGACCGUGGAGUUCAGCUUGGAGCGCCAUAUUGGAUUUUUCCUCAUCCAGACGUACUUCCCGUGCGUCAUGAUCGUGGCCCUGUCUUGGGUCUCCUUCUGGCUCAACCGAGAGGCCACGCCCGCAAGAGUAGCCCUCGGGACGAUGACGACCCUCACAAUCACCACCCUAGGGUGGAGUGCUAGAGCAGUGCUUCCCAAGGUGGGCUACCCGAAGGCCAUCGACUGGUUCAUCAUGCUCUGCUUCGCCUUCGUCCUCGGCGCCGUCAUCGAGUUCGCCACGGUGAAUUAUUUCACGAAGCGGAGGACGGGCAUGCUACCUGGGAUGGCCGAUGACGAGGAGGACGACAUCGCCCAGGCCGAGGUGGAGAAGGUCGAAGCCUCGUUGAUGCGAAGAAAGAAGAAACGCUUUUCCCUCAUCCGGGGAUUCACGAGGUACCAAGGAAAGUCUGUAUCUCGGACGCCUUCGGACGAAGAGCGGAGAUUUUCGGAUCACAACAACAGCCUGUGUUCGGAUAUACUCAACUGCAUCACGGGAAAUGCCGAGUACAGGGAGAGUAGGCUCCGGCGAAGCAAAGACCAGAAACCGUUCAACAGCGUCAGUAAAAUUGAUGAGUUGGCUAGAAUUGGUUUCCCGCUAGGUUUUUUUCUCAUGAAUGUUCUAUAUUGGUGUAUUUUCAUACUUGAUUAUUAAAAUAUUUAUACAGGAUAUAAUUUAGAUUAAUAAUGAUUAAAGAGAGGUGGAUAAAUUCUAUGUAUUUGAAUUUGCGACUGGACAUUAGGUCAAACCUUUGUGGCAGCUUUACCAAAUUGUUAUUUUAACAUUAUACUUCAAAAGUUCACUCUCAUAACUUAUAAUUCAUCAUGAUUAUUGUACAAAUAAUACACAGGAGUGAGGGCAU